AUGGAGAAGAGCAAAUCAUUUUCCGGCUGCUACUCGACCGGCUACACGGAGGCCCAGUUUGGGUUUGAGGACCGGUCGAAAUCAUACAGCUUCAAUGGUCCGGUCAGCUGCAGCAAGGUAGAUGAGUUGUCUUCAACAUCUGGCAAUCCAGAGCUGGAGAGAAGGAAGAGGGUGGCAAGCUACAACAUGUAUGCUGUGGAAGGUAAGUUCAAGUCGUCGUUGCGCAACAGUUUCAAAUGGAUUAAGGGCAAGUUUGUUGACAACUUCUACGAUGAGUAG